AUGGCGCAGGACUCAUCGCCUUCCUCCAGACCAGCACUGACAGCGAGGGAUGUGGCUUUCAACAGCCCACCAUUGUCCAGCAGAUCCGGCCGCUUCGCCUGCCGUUGGUUCGCUCAUGGGUUCGCCAUGACGGCUGGCUUAGAGGAGCGCUGGAGUGUGCUUUGGCAUUUGGUGGACAUGAAAAGGCUAAUUUCCUAUCCACCCUUUCCCCAGCUGGUCUCAGGUUACGUCCUGGGCGUUUUGGCGCUCUACGUCUUUUGGAGCUGUCGCCAGUCUCUUCAGAACACCUUGGUGCUGCGUAAUGCUGCUCUUUACAAGCGCACGCCCGACGUGCCUGGUGAGGCCUGUGUGCAGUGCAUCACUGAUUCGCAAAAUCGAGUGAUCGAGUUCGAGGGCUACAAGUUCUCGCGCCUGGGACGCUUCGUCUCGUUGCUGGUGCCGAUGAACACCCUGGUGCUGAUCUCCUUGUUCGCAUUGAUUCUCCUGGACUACUACUAUGGUUGUGAAUGGAAGUGGCCAACAAAGCUCUGCUUCAUCGGGACGUUUCCCAUCUUUGGUAGCUUCGACACCAACUCCUAUGUGUUUCUAGUCGUUUGGUGCAUCAGCGUCGCCUGGUUCUUCCUGCUGAUCGACAACAGCGGGGGGCAGAUGGUGAAGUAUUUUGGUCUCAGGACUCCUUUCCACAAGGCAUCCGUGAUUUGCGUCUAUGUCCAAGAGCGUCAGGAGACCAUCAGCAGCGGCUACAGUCGGACCUUGGCGCUGCGCAAGUCCCUGCUGCGCCUGGCGGCGAAGAUUCUGAGACGAAAGGAGCUCCCGGGUGGCUUCCUGUCGCUGUCUGGCACUUCCUCCCAGACCUUGCCCUUGAAGUAUGACCCCGUGAGCCGGAUGCAGUUUGUGGAGUUUCGGUGUCAACGAUAUGUCUACGACCCCAUGAGUGAUGGCUUUCAGCAGCACGAUCCCAGUAGUAGUCUCCAUCGCGACCAUGAAGCCUUUACUGAGUUGUUAGCCCAUGGUGGCUUGAGGAGUCGUGGAACAUCGGUUCAUGGCGCCUUCAUGACGGUCGAAGAGAUGUACAGGACAGCAGGGCCUAACCAGAUUCCCUUUGAAGUGGACUCCAUGGGUCAAGCCCUUACGGAAGAAUUCUGCACCUACUUCUUUUUGUACCAGUUUUCGAUCUACGCUGUUUGCUUGUGGUUUUCCUAUUGGCACUACACCAUCAUCGCUGUCUUCAUCGCCAUUGUCUCCGGCUUCUUCAACGCCUCGGUCCGGCUGGCGAGUCAGAAGAGCAUCAAGUCGAUGAUGGAGCAAAGGAUCACAGCGCAGGUCUUGCGCGAUGGAGUUCUCUCCGAGAUCGAUGCCAACGAGCUGGUCCCUGGGGACAUCGUCAAGGUGCAGAGUGGUCCUGUCCCCUGCGACCUGGUGCUGCUGAAGGGCGCCGCCGUCUGCGACGAGUCCACCCUGACGGGGGAGUCGAUGCCCGUGCAGCGCCUGACGCCUGCCGAGCGCCUGCCGCAGCACCUGCCUGCAUUGCGCUUUCCCGCCAAACAUGUCUUGGUGGCCGGCACCACGGUGCUCCAAACGGUGGACGAUGAGACCUGGGCCAUGGCAACGCACACCGGGAUCCAUACGCAGAGCCAUGGCGGCCAUGGCCUGUCGCUCGUGGUCUUCUUUCUCUUGAUCCUCUAUGCACUCUUUGUGGCGGUUGCCUUAAUGAGAGUGAUGUAUUGGCGAUAUGCUUACGAUCAGCAUUUGCCCAUCACGGCCACGUGGGCAUCGGCGGUGUUCACCUGUUCCUGUGUCCUGCCCACCAUGCUGCACAUCGUGCUAUCCGUGGGGCAGGUGGUCUCUGCACAAAGACUGAAGCAGGAGGGUGGCAUUUUCUGCGUGGUGCCCAAACGCAUUGCGUUGGCUGGCAAGGUCCGAGUUGCUUGCUUCGACAAGACAGGCACUCUUACCACUAGUGGUCUGGAAUUCUUUGGAGUCCAUUGCGUGGCGUGUCCAGGCAACGGCCAGAGCGUUACGUCCACAGCUCCGGGCCCCUUCUCCUCCCCUCGGCUGAGCAGCAACGGCAGCCCGGUCGGCUUGGAGGAACAGCCGCGACGCGGUGACUGGGAUCUGGAGAUUCUCUGCUGCUUGGCCAGCGCUCACUCGCUGUCGCCCUUUGCAAAAAGCGAAGCAGGUGUCGUUGGCAAUGCUGUGGAAGUGAAUAUGUUCAAGGCGUCCGGCUGGAGCCUCUCCUCCCAGUCGCGCGUGGUGUCCUCAUCCGAUCAGAUUGAGAUCGAGAAGCGUUUCGAUUUCUCCCACAGCACCAUGACCAUGAGCGCAGUGGUGCAACACCUUCCAUCCGGAGAGCGAGGAAUCUUCUGCAAAGGCAGCUUCGAACACGUGCUGCAGCUCUGCCGGCCUGACUCUGUGCCGGAGAACUUUGCUCAGGUCGCCUCGGCCCACGCCUACAGCGGCAUGUACGUCCUGGCCGUGGCCGCGCGGCCGCUGGAGCCGGACGAGGUGCCGUCGGAGCGCGCGGAGGCGGAGCGGGAGCUGACGUUGCUAGGUCUGCUUCUCUUCAAAAACCCUGCGCGCGAAGACACGGCCGAGACCAUCGAACGCCUGCGCAGCGGCGACGUCCGAAGUGUUAUGAUUACUGGUGAUGCUGCAGGGACGGCAAUCUCGAUUGGCAAGGAGAUCGGCCUGACGCUGCCUGGGCUGCCGGUGCUGCUGGGUGACCUUGAGACAGACUCGCGGGGGAUCAACAUCGUCUGCUGGAGGUGCAGCGGAGACGACCUGCAGGGCCUGAAUCAGAUCUUGCUGGGCAACGAGUGGCUGAACUGGCGCAAGAACUACCAGCAAUGGCGGGGAGGUGGAGCUGCGGGAGCCCGUGGCGAGGCCACCAUUAAGGCAGCGAAGAACCGCGCCAGAGAGGCGCAUGAUGAGCACGAGCUCUCCAGGCGUAUGACGUGGCAUCACCGAGAGGCGAACGAAGUGGAGACUGCAGGAGAAGAGAUCACGGAUCAAGACUUCGUGUUUUCCACCGAGGAGAUCGUCUUGUCGCGCCUCUACGAGUUCUGCGAGCUGGCCGUCACGCAGCGCGCCUACGAGUGGCUCGCUGCCCAGCAGUGUUCACCGGAUCUGCGCCGGGUGCUGCUGGGCUCGCGCCUCUCCUCGCUGAAGAAGGGCAAAGUGCUGGGCAGCGGCAAAGGUCACACCUCGCUGCUGUGGGAACUACUUACCUGCAUUCGGAUCUUUGCACGGAUGACGCCCAAUGGCAAGAUCAAUGUCGUGGAAGGUUUCAUGUCUCAAGGUCUCAUGUGCGCUAUGGUCGGAGACGGCGGCAACGAUUCUGGCGCGUUGCGAACGGCACACGUCGGGAUGGCCCUGAGCAGCGCCACCAGCGCCACGGUGGUGGCACCCUUCACCACGAACCGUCCAUCGGUGGCGCCCAUCGCGGAUCUGCUGCGCGAGGGGCGAGGUGCGCUGGCCACGUCCUUCGCCGGGUACAAGUACUGUAUCCACUGUGGUCUCUUGAACUCGGUGUUGAAGUUCAAGACCUACUGGUACGGUGUGGCACAGGCGAUGACCACCGCCUAUUUCCAGGAUCUGUUGGGCUUUCUGAGCCUCAGCUGGGCCAUUAGUUUGGCGCGGCCUGCGCCCAUCUUGGCCAACAACCGGCCCACCUCUAGUCUUUUUUCGGGCUUCACGGUGGUGUCGAUUCUGGGCAUGGUGGUGUUGAACACCAUGUUCCUGGAAAUCAACUGGGGCAUCAUCACGGCGCACGAGGACUACGUGCCCUUCCCAGUCGAGAAAGUUCGCAUCACCCAGUGGUGGAAGCUGAACCAAAACUGGGAAGUCACCACGCUCUUCUUCACGUACACCUUUCAGCUCUUCUGGUCCGCCGUGGUCUACUCCUUUGGCGACGUCUUUCGCUUGCCGUGGUAUACCAACUUGGUGCUGAUGGCGUUGGUGACGAUCAGCUUUGGUUUCCUCACUUUGCUGAUGCUCAGUGGUCCCAGUAGUUUGACUCGGCUCUUCAAGCUGGUCUUUGAGGACAUCACCGACUCUGAUCCCUGGACGCGGCACGAGUACUGUCCCGCCAUGCCGCGGAAACUGCGACUCCGACUCUUUUUGGUGAUCCUAGGCAAUUUGGCCUGCACUGCAUGGUUGGAGAAGGCGCAUUUUUUCCGUACCCAUGAAGGUGACUAUAUGCGGGUUCUUGGUCGUGCGCUCUCCAAACACGUGACCUUGAACAGAAAUGCCAUCCGUGCACCUGCAGAAACUUUUAAUGCUUCAUAUGCGUGGCCGGUGCUGCAGUCUGGCAAGGACUUAGUCGGCGUGGCAAAGACAGGGAGCGGCAAGACCUUGGCGUUCCUGCUGCCGGGCUUCGUCAAGCUGAGGAAGUUGAAACGUGCCAAUGAAAUUGACACGCAACGAGGGCCUGCUCUCUUGUGCAUCACCCCAACGCGCGAAUUGUGCCAUCAGAUCUAUUCGGACACCGAGAAAUUUGGACAGCCAGUUCAACUGACUGCUGCCUGCGCCUAUGGUGGCGCCAAUCGACGGGAUCAAGAGUGGGCAAUCCAGCAGGGGCCCGACUGUUUGAUCGCCACCCCCGGGCGCCUCAAUGACUUCGUCCAGAAGAAACAGGUCUGGCUGGAUCAAGUGAGAUUUGCGAUCAUCGACGAAGCGGAUCGAAUGCUUGACAUGGGUUUUGAGCCGCAGAUCAAGCAGAUCUUGGAUGAGGUCCCUUGGGCCGAGCGGCAGACCUGCAUGUUCACGGCCACGUGGCCACAGGAGUGCAAGAAGUUGGCCGAGACCUACAUCAGGGAUCCAGUCCAGAUCCAAAUAGGUUCGGGUGAGAUCACUACGAACAAGAACAUCCUGCAGCACGUGAAGAUGGUGGACGCCGAGACGGACAAGAUCGAAGCGCUCAAGGAGAUCUUGCGUUCGCUGUCGCCGGGGGGCAACUGCUUGGUCUUCUGCAACUCCAAGAAGAAAUGUGGCAACGUGGUGUGGGAUCUGGAAAGCGACAAGGAACUAGGUAUGCCCGCGGUGGAGCUCCAUGGUGAUCUGGAUCAGAAACAAAGAGACAGCGCGCUCUACCGAUUCAAGCAGGGCGAGGUCCGUGUGCUGGUGGCGACCGAUUUGGCCUCGCGUGGUUUGGACGUGCGAAACUGCGCCAUCGUGGUGAACUUUGAUGCGCCCAAGGGCCAGGAGGACUAUGUGCACCGAAUUGGACGCACAGGUCGUGCCGAAGACUCCGGUGAAGCCUACACCUUGCUGUUGAAGUGGGGCAACGAGCAGGAGGCAAAGUACAUCGCCAACAUCAUGCGCAAGGCAGAUAAAACCGUGCCGCAGGAAGUCCAGGACUUGGAAACCAGCGCUGGAGAUGAUGAUUGGAAUAAGAAGGAGGACUCAUGGGACGACAAGGAUAAGAAGGACGAUUGGAACACUGAAGACAAAGGCAACAGUUGGGACAAGAAUGAGAAGCAAGACUGGUCCAAUGGCAAGAGCGACAGUAGGUCCAACGACAAGGCCGAGAAUAAGGAUGAAUGGUGGAAGAAGGAUCAGAAUGAUUCCAAGGAGUGGUGGAAGAACGACAAGGAGAGCGAAAAAAACGGUGACUGGUGGAAAAAUGACCAGGGCAACGGCUCGGGCGGUUGGAAGCGUGGAGCGGAUCAGCACGAGGAGGAGCCACACUCCAAGGCAGCCGCCACGGGUCGCCCCAGCCACGAGGUCAGAGAUAUCGUCGCCUCCGGCAAUGGACAGUCCCUCAAGGUCACGGAGCUGAAGACCUUCUGCGAAGAGUAUGGUUUGGACACGACCGGCCAAAAGAGCGACCUCAUCGCACGUGUGGAGAAGGCUAUUCAGGAUGGCUGAGUCAGAGGUCAGGAGCCAGGGCCGCCGUGUGAGAUGACUGUCGCGAGAUAUGGGGAGUGGUGGUCUGCAAACUCUGUGCGUGAUUUGCUA